CGGCUCUCAGCCGUCCUCUUCCGCCAGUCGACAUAGAUCCACGGCAAAUUAGCAGCCCGCGUCUGUUUUCUCUUGCGUUUCUCGGUUCAGACCGGUGACAUUUUGCGGGAAUCGAAAGACUCGUUGCGCGGAGACACGAGCCGUCGAGACGUGCUCGGUUCGGUGUCCCGGUCGAGGCUGAAAUUGGACACCGCUGAUGUCUCCGCGUCCAUGUCCUCCCGCUGCGGAGUGAUAUCCUUUGGAAUCGACAAUGUGGAGCCUGUUAAAAUGUCUACUUGGAAAAUGAAAUGCUUACAGUUUGUGUAAAAACCCGUCGUCAGAGCAGAGUUAUGGUCCGUGUGAGAGACGCGCUGGCAGCUUCGUGAGGCGAGGAGAGGACAGACAGACGGAGGACAGCUUCACAUUGUCUCCAGCGAGCCGUCGGUCCGGACCGGAGGACCCGGGGACAGCCGCUCCACAACUUUGUUUUCCUCCGCUGGAUGAAACGGGAUUUAAUCCAGUCGCUUGCUGAGACUGAAAGGGCCAAGUGAACAGCAGCAGAGCAUGGCUGCAGUGGAAACAGACAAGGAGCUCAGCGACUUGCUGGAUUUUAGCGCGAUGUUUGAGCCUCCAGUUUCCAAUGGCAAGAACCGGCCCACCACUCUGGCCAGCAGUCAGUUCGGAGGCUCAGGUUUAGACGAGAGGACUGGGUCCAGUCCCUGGGGACCGGCAGAACAGAGCAGUCCAUCCUUCAACCAGGGACGGGCCUAUGGAGAGGACGGCCUCUACAGUGAGCAGGAGGGCAUGGCCUCGGCCCCCAUUUUUGGAUCCGGCGUCGUCGGGAAGGCAGAACGCGGGCCGUACUCGUCCUUUAACUCCCAGCCGGGCUUCAUGCCCAGUGAGAUGCCCAUGCCCAGCCCCGAUGCCCUCUCCCCGUCUGCUGUCAAGUCCGGCUCGCAGUUCUACUCCUCCUACGAGGGCAGCGCCAACCGCAGGAGGCCGUCGCACGAACCCGCCGAAUCACAGCCGAAGAAGAUCCGGAAGGUUCCGCCCGGCCUGCCGUCGUCGGUUUACGUCGGCGCCUCCGGAGACGACUUCAGCCGGGACAAUGGCUGCUACCCGGCCUCCAAGGCGGGAAGCGUCUACCCUCCGUUCUACAUGCAAGGUCAGCUCCAGCAAGGCUUCGCUCACGAAGGCCUCCACCCGCCCUCCGAUCCGUGGGGCUCUGCCGGGUCGAUGGUUCAGCCUGGAUACUCUGCCAUGCUGGGGAACCCCCCCCAUCUGAGUCAGCAUGGUCCCUUCACAGCCAUCAACCCCCAGGACAGACUGAAGCGGCAGCCGCUGCCGCUCUCCCCCCACAGCUUCCCCCUCCACGGGAGCGAGGUGAACGGGGCCCAUCCCGCCGCCUUCCACUCCGGGUCCGGCAGCUUCGGGGUGUCCAGCCACACGCCCCCCAUCGCCGGCUCGGAGACCAUCCUGGCUCACCGAGGCGCCGUACCGGGAAGCUCGGGUGACGAGAUCGGGAAAGCUCUGGCGUCUAUCUAUCCCUCAGACCCCAGCAGCGGCGCGUUCCCCCCGUCGCCCUCCACGCCCUCCAGCUCUCCUCAGGCCGUGUCAGGCUCGGCUUCACAGUGGACUCGUCCGUCUGGCCAGGCCACGCCUUCUCCCAACUUUGAAGGGAUUCAGUCCAUGCAGAGCAAACUGGAGGACCGCCUGGACGAAGCCAUCAACGUCCUGCAGCGCCACGCCAGCGAGCAGGCCGGCCCCGGCCCCGGCCUGGCGGAGAUGCAGAGUCUGCUGUCGGCCGGUCUGGGUCUACCUGCAGCCUUCAGCAACGCCGCGCUGGGCCUGGCCAGCCGCCUGUCGGGACAGGUGCCUGCUCACCGCGAGGACUCGGUGGGUCUGCCCUCUGGUGGCGGCCUGCUGCACGGCCACCACGGCCCUGGAUCUCAGCCCGGCUCGCAGCCUGAAGGCUUCACAGGUCUGUCCGGCAGCCGUCCGAGCGGCGCUGCCAUCAAGCGAGAGGAGAAGGAGGACGACGAGAAUUGCUCCAUCACUGACAAGUCUGAGGAUGAGAGGAAAGACAUGAACGCCCGUCUUCGAACAAGUCUGGAUGACGGUGAGGAAGAUGAUGAAGAUCUGCCAGUGGAGUUUAAGGUUGAGCGGGAGAAAGUUCGGAGGUUGGCGAACAACACCCGCGAGCGGCUGCGUGUGCGGGACAUCAACGAGGCUUUUAAGGAGCUGGGCCGCAUGUGUCAGCUCCAUCUGAGCAAUGAGAAACCCCAAACCAAAUUGAUCAUACUGCAACAGGCCGUUAAUGUAAUUCUCAACCUGGAGCAGCAAGUCCGAGAGCGUAAUCUGAACCCGAAAGCCGCCUGCCUGAAGCGGCGGGAGGAGGAGAAGGUGUCGGGCGUGGACCCGUCGCUGCAGCUGGGCGGGGGCCACCCGGCCCUGGGAGGAGAUGGACACAACCCCGUGAGCCAUAUGUAACGCUCAGUGGACUGUACAGCCCUUCCAUCACGUGGCCUUAAAAAUCAUCGUCAAGCAUCUCGGUGUGUGAAAACACACACUCGCCUCAUUCCUGACCGCAAACACAACGACAACAAGCACAGCCGGGACACCGAGGAGGUUUCUCUACCACAGCAGAGGGUUCUCACCGCCAGGCGUUUCACACGUCGGGAGCAAAUCGAGACUUUAUGAGCACAGCGUGAAGAAUAUUGGCAUUCCCGUCAGAAAAUGAGGUCUUACUUUCUGCAGCAGCACAGAGGAGGAUUCCGUGUUCCUCCUGUCGUUGGUCAGGAGACGGCGAGGCGGCUCGGAGAGCCGAGUCCUGCCCUCCGGAAGCUUCGCUCUCCUCCUCCAGUCCUGAACAUGUUACUGUCACUGCCGUGCCGGUGAGGGAAAGAGACGGAGGACGGCAGGCAGCCAGACACGUCCCGGGGGGCGGGGUCACCUGACGCACCUGGUCACCCAAUACACCUGGUCACCUGACACACCUGGUCACCCAAUACACCUGGUCACCUGACACACCUGGUCACCCAAUACACCUGGUCACCUGACACACCUGGUCACCCAAUACACCUGGUCACCUGACACACCUGGUCACUUAGUCCCCUGCCCUGCCCAAUCACCUAAACACCUGACUCAACUAGUCACCUGACACACCUGGUCAGUUAGCCCCCCCCCCGGUCACCUGGCCCCCUGCCCCACCCGGUCACCCACUCUUCUGCCCCGCCCGGUCCCCCGGUCCCCCGGUCCCCCAGUCCCCUGACUCGUCCUCCGUCUGAGUCCAGCGUCUGUCCGACAGAACGUGGAGUAUUGAAAGGGAACACGAGUGUUGCUGCCACCUGUUGCCAUGGACUUGUUUAGUUUGGAGCUUUUUCUUUGGAGCCGUUGUGGAGCCUGUUCUAAGGAUCUUCCUCAAGUAGAAUUCAUAUAUCAUUGUUUCUGUUUUGUAUUUUUUUUUUACUUUGUAAUAUAGUUGUGAGGCAUUUUUGCUUUUUCAUUUGAUAUUUGCUUCUUUUUUUCUGGUUUGUUUGGUUUUUUUUUUUUACAGUGUUGAAGUGUAAAACGACUUUAUUUAGAUUCCAGGAACAAAAGUGAGCUGUUGGAUCUGGUGCCAGGUCUUUAGAGAUGUUAGAAAUGAUGAAAACCUUCUGGCUGCACCGUCACAUGUUGUGAUAUUGGUCUUUCUUUCAGUUAUUCCCAUCAGGCCCGUUGUAAUGGGAUUACUUAGUGAUGGGGACCCGAGCCGGUCCGCACGGUCCGGGUCUUUUGGAUGAGGGUCAGUCAGCCUGAACACGUCUCCAACUGAUGUUUCCAGUUGUUUUUAAUGGUGCAGGUACACGUUGCAUGUUCUUCUGAGAGCGUCUGAAUAAAGAGUCAUGAGAUGUGAGGAGAAGCCGGCGGAAUUCGUCGCUUCGCUUUACUUCCUGAUGGUUUGUAUGAUUUGUCCCUGCCAGCUGAUACUGAUGUGCACCAGUGUCUGUCCCUCCCCGAGUCCUGUCUGUGGACAACACUGCAGAGGACCUCCACUCCUCUGGUCUUCUGUCUUUCUUUGUUCUUUUUUUUUUGUUGUUGUCUGUUCCCCUGUUUUUGUUCCCGACCACAGACGAGCGGCUGCACAUCUCUCCAUCUUCUUUCUUGUUUGAGGACAUCAUGGAUGAAUGCCAUGUCCUCAAAGUGCCUCCACUUUGCUAUUUUUUUAUAUAUAAAGUAGAUAUUGAGAACUGUUGUGUAUAUAACAGUAAUGUAGCAAUAAAUGUGCCAUUUUUCAGAA